CAAACAACAACGAAAGACGAGUGUAAUUAGUUUAAUUAUGUAAUUCUUUCUUUGUGCUAAUUCAGCCUGUGUUUGUGUUUGGUAUGCAUGAGCUUUCAAAAGUAAUAUCCUCAGUUUCAUGAGGUGUUUAGUGAAAUUUUCUCACAGACCACGCUCCCCGUUAAAGUCAAUAAUUUAAUCUGCCUUCCCAGUGUGUGUCCCCUGUUCUUGAUAGUUUCUUUUGUCAACAGUCGAUCUGAAGAACAGAGGCCCUCGGUGUUUCUGCCACCUGCUCCAUUACAUCAUUUCGUCCAGUUUUGACGAAAGCUCACUUUUCUCGAUCUACCUCCAAUAUAAUCAUUCUUCCUUGAUCCAUUAAUGUAUCAUGGAUUAUCGCGUUUGUCUGGCUCUGCUAAGUCUACUCUUCACCAAGCUUUUACCGUUAGUUCUAUGCCAAACUAUCGAUCCUUUUGAUAUGCGAGAUUAUGAUCGUAAAACAAAAACGAUGAAAAGCACUAGUAACAUGCUCUCACUGGUUGAUCAAGAUCAACAGCAAUGCGCUGACUGCCUCAGGUUUAUUCAAGAGUACUGUGAGACUAGUGUAGCGAACGAACUUCAGACUCAUCCUUCUGUUGCAAUGAAGGCAUCUGAUAUGCCACAUGAUGAAAUGUUCCGAACUCACAUGAUGCGAUUGAUCAAUGUGUUGCUGAAUAAAUCAGGAUUUAAAGAAUCAAAAAAAGGGUCCAAAGAUCAAGAAUCAUUGUUGUCUGUGAAGCUCAGUCCAAACCAAGUGUCAAUCUUAAAAGAUUUUGGACGGUCUGGAAACCCUGCUGUCUUACGAGAUGUUAAUGAUAUUUUAUCCGCCCAAGUAACUUCUUACUAUCCACCAAUUUGUGCUGACGACAUGUUUCAAAAAAUCUACGGAGCCAAAGAAUUUUUCUCCCAAAGUACUCUCAUUAUUUUGGGUAUUAUUUUCAUGGCUGGGGCAUUUUUCUACAAUGUUUUUGUGCUGAAGCAAAUCAGAUUGGCUUUCUUAUGUCUCCUUGCAACGAUAUUUUUUACCGGAUACUUUUGGACCUACUGGAAAUUGUAUGAAGAAGUAAUGUCUGACAUUAGGAGAAUAACAACUCAUCAUGAUAUGAGCGACUGCAUUCCUCGCACUGAAACUUUUUGGUGGUUCUUUACCUACACGACUCCUGCGGAUGAUCGUAAAUGCAAAGAACUAUACGAUGCCAAGCAUAUUACGCCUCUUUCCAGACUGACUCCUACAAUAGUUUUCUUCGAAACGAUAAAAAUAUUUUGGACUGGUCCAAUGAGCGAAAUUGCAAGUGUCACUGUCUCUCUGUACAAAGAACUGUCGUAUUACGCUCCAUGGUACAUCAAAUGGACUGUGCUUCCAAUCGUUUUCAUUUUUGUGGGUGUAAUCUUCAUCCUACUCGCUGCACUAUUAAGCGGAAAAAGGUUCAAAUUGUCUCAUCCAAUAUUUGGAGCCAUAGAUUUAGGUAAUGAUGUCAGUUAUCAGCAGCAAACAAGCAUUAAAAGCGAGACUGCUUUUAAAGUGGUGAAAUGCGAAGAUGGAUCUGACCCAAAAUUAAGCUGUUUGACUUGUGGGGCAAGUUGGUCUCAAACAGCAGCAGUUAUAACCACUCGAACUGUUGUGGAAGGAAAUGUAAAGACUGACUCAGUUGAUGGUGCUCCAAUUGGUAUUUCAACUGGAACUGGUUUGAUUGCCGUACUCCAAAAUAUGAGUCGCUUCUUAUUGCGCCAGCAACGGCCAAUCAGGGAAGUAGCAUUAUUACCAGUUAGACCUUGUAUCAAGUCAAAACCUGAUGGUGAGACCAUUUUUACAAAUGAAGGGCUCCAAAGUUUAACUGAAGAUCAAGAUAACCUAGUUACUCUGGAAGAUUGCUCUGAUAGUGACGGUGAAGACAAAGAAAAUAGAAUUAAAAUUACAAGUAAUGCAGAUUUUUAUAAUCUACCGGAAAGUGAUGAACCAAUAAUGAGGUGUUCAAGACAACAGAACAACAUUGUCUUAAAUGCUGACAACAGAGUAUUAUCAGCACCAUUGCCCAGUACUAGUUUGGGACCCAAACAAAAAUUCUUUGACAAUAUUAAGUUUACUCGAUCUCCAGAUCCCCAAGAAAAAAAAUUAAUUCCUAUUCUUGUUCAGCCCCGCAUUCCCAUGGAAGGAUCUGGUGAGCCGUUUGCCUCAUGUGGAGGAUCUGGCGAGCCAUCUCCAGUCAGAGUAGGAAGUCCCCUAGGAGAAACUUUAAGACAUAAUGACGGAUAUUUUGCCGAAAGUAAUCGAAGAAUAAGAAAAGAGCUUCGCUUUCGACAUAUGUCAGCCAAGUUAUAUUCCCCGCCCUCUAAAGAUGAUAUUAAAGUAGUUGAAUCCGUAUUUUUAAGCAAAUUUAGGAAAGAAGAAAAGAAGAGAAAAUUAUCCAUUUGAAUUUUUUUGAUUUUAUGACCUCAUUGAGUACUCUUUUUAACAGCAUCAGACUUUCUUCUGUACUACCUUUUCUAAAGAAAGUUAAGCAUCAAGCUCCAAGUUUUAAUUUUUAUCUAUCAUCGAUUGAAUUCUUAGCCUGUUUAAAUGUUCCACUAUCAUAUCACUUGAGUUAAAUUGCCUUCUAGUACUUAUUUCCAAGUUAGUUAUUAAAUAUUAUAUCUGUGAUCAUUGAUUGAUAAAAUUCUUGAAAGAACUUAUAGGGGUGCAGGAAGUUCUAAGCUUUCUGCUUCCCCUAAAUUUAAUCAGUCUUCCCCUAUUUUAACCAAAAUCCAUGAUCCUUUCCCUCCAUGAGAAAUCUUUUGCCCAAGAAAUCGGACUUUUUUCACUGCUGUGAAGCUGUAUUUUGCAAGAGUUUCCCUAACUUUGUCCUAUUUUAUGGGGGUUCCCCUUAUUUUUCCUAUUUUAUGGAGGUUCUCCUCAUUUUGUCCUAUUUUAUGGGGGUUCCCCUGUUUUUUCCUGUUCUUGCAGAGUCUCCCUCAUUCUACAUAACUGGGUCAGUUGCAUAGUCAGGAAGUUUAUGCACCCAGGUGAGCACUUUUCUCUUGAAAGAAAAACACUGAUCAUAUUAGUUAAAGUUAACCGAAAAAACUCAUAAGAGACUGAAAUUGUUUUUAAUGAGUAGUGUACUUACCAUUUUCUGUGGGCCUGCUCAAAUCAGAAGUGCCUUUUUUAAGGAAACCCUAGGACGUAGCUGCUUUUUUUACUGGCACUCUUCUUUUUCGUGAGCAUUUUAUUAGAAAUAUUAGAUGCUUAAUUUUUUAUUGUGUAUUUUCCUAUAUGUUCUUGCAAUGCACAGGCGCUUAAAAGAAACUAAUCUCUAUCAUGCGAAAACUUUCAAUAAAAAUAAUACAAACUCUCUCGCACAUCAUAUUAUUAUUAUUAUGGCAUUGUCAGCAUUUGCCAUCUCAAUAAUUUUAUAUGCAAGUGAGUUUUUAUAAUUUUCAUCUUAAUUUUUCACAUUUAGUUUUCCCUGUGUGGUUUUUUGCUCCAAUCCGACCCAGUAAUCUCCAUCAUUCUUAUACUUAGAGUGACGUACCUGUAAAUAUUUUUUUGGAAAUCUAGUCAUAUGUACAGUACUGAAAAAUUUUGCUCAGUUUCUCAGUGCAACAGCCACAAGUUCUCACAGUGAUAUCACAGUUUCAAAAAGUAAAAUCAAUGGAACAUUUUUUACUGAUGACUACUUUUAAAUUUUUACAAUUACUUUAAAUUUUUUCUCCAUGAAAACUCCUAGGUUUACAUUUUUUCAUCAUCGAUCUCCAUGAUUUGUGCUUCUGAAGUAAGGCAUGAGCUCUAUUUAUUAGAUUUAUCAUGUUGUGACUGCAUGAUCAGCCCUAAAGUAAGGUAUUUUUAAAGGUGCCAGUGACAUUGGCUGCUCUAAUUUUUGAACAUUUUCCAUUCACAAUUAAAAUAUAAAAUCAUUCAUACAGCAAAUCGAAAAAUUCCAGUGCGUUUAGAUCUUAAGAUAGUUCUCAAUUAAUAUGAGAAGUAAGUCGUUGAAAAAAUUGCCAGUCUUUUAGUGUAUCCAAAAAAUGUAUACUACAUAAAGAUCAGCUUUUUUUUUCCUAUCAUACAACUGUAUCAAUAUUCCUGUUGCUGGAAGGCAUAGUCCACGCCAGAUAAGUUUACGCAUAUUCCAAGUGUAACAGGAAAGCAGCUGUCUUCAGUUUAGCAUUGGAGGCUAAUAACUUAGUCUGGGGAAAGGUUACUGCAAAGUAUAAAAGAUCAAGCACAAAAAAUUAAGUAGUGUAGGUAACGGGGACGUUUCGAGUCAGUCACAACCUGUCAUUUUCAACCAAAAAGAAGAAAUAAAAAAUUAGUCGUCGAUUCGCUGUUAUUGUGAAACGGAGACUUUUUUCCCCUCAAUUUUUUGCAUUUGAUCUUUUAUAUUUUCAGCAUCCUUUCCCUGUAUUACAUUUUUAUUUUACUGUGUUAUUUAACCGAUUCAGUUGUUCUUGAUUGGAAGUAAAUUCAAGGAUCAAGUUGGCAGAUCCUCUGUCGCCUCCUAAAAGAGUGUAAACUUAUAUGGCAUGGAAUCUGAAAUGUUCAAUCCAGUUUAGUUUUUAAAAGCAGCCAAACAAAACACAAAUUUCUUACCUUCAUACUUUUUACAUUUCAAUUCUGUGCAUCACCUGAGUAAUCUGUAAAAAUGAUACAUUCAAGUGAAAGCCUCAACUGAUUUAAUGUUCAGUAUUUACCUAAGACCAUUAACACGUGUUCCUUCAAAUACUUGAUUUACUCAGGGAAAACGUACCCAUUAUUUCAGUUAGUUGACUUUUUGUAUUUUAAUAAGAAUUCUCGGCAUAAUCCACUGAAUUAGAAAUUUAAGAACUUAAGAAAAAAAGAUUACUAUUACAUUGUGCAUAUCAUUACCAUUUAUUUUUAUUUGUAUAAACCUAGUAUUAUUUAAUAAUUUAUCUCUGCCUCCACAAAAAUUCUUGCUGUAAAAUGCAUAUCCAUGGCCAAAGGGCGAAACUACGUUUAUCCGUUUGCAACGUUGCGUACUUCCUUUUAUACUCAAGUUUUUCCUCGGAAAACUAGUCAAUGUAAUUACUUGAAAACUUUUUGGAUUUUUUUUCUCUGUAAGCAGCAUAUUCUGUAGCUGUAAAGUUGGCUUGUUUCUCUUCAAAAAAUUAAAUAAGAGUGGAAAUUUUGAAACACUGCGAUAGAGAUACACGGUUUUGCAUGGCCAUGAAUAUAUUGAUUCAUUUUCAUUUUUCAUAUUUUCUAAAUGUUAGUGUCUUACCAAGAUAAAUUUUACAAUGCAUUCCAAGAAAAUAUUUCAUGUGAUUUAACAACUAACUUCAAAACAUGAGUAACUAAAGCGAAAAAUUAUACGUAUUUGUACAUAGUCAAAAGACUAGAACACUGUGGAGGGGAGUUUUUUUAAUGCUCAAGACUUGUCUCAGAUGAACGACCAUUCCACGAGGGCUGUGAGUUCCACAAACAACUGAUACUGUUCACUAUUGUGUAUAUGCAGUUCGGCCCGAAUUUGGCAAAUCAAUUAUUUUUAAAAGAUAGACACGCAGCUUUGGGAUUUUCAUCAAACAAGUUCUAAUUCAGUUGAAACUAGUUUGUUAAACUUGUUCUCCAAACAAUAAGUUUUAUCGAUGACCGUCCGUCUGGACAGAGCCAAAAUCCAAAUAGUUGCUCUCAAGCAGUAGAGCAACAAUUAAACCAAGUCUAUCAGAAACACACCCGAUCGCAUCAAAUAUAAACGGAAAAAAGAGGUUUUAACUGUUAUACCUCCAUGAGACUCAACGUUAAUGAUAAAGUUUAACGAAUAUUUUCUCGCUCAAAAUACAACCUAACUCGAUUUUGAAGUUUUGAAAAGUGAAAAUGUGGGAUCAAAAGUUAUUUGCAAACUCAUUUGAUUUUUUUGUCUCUAAAAUGCGACUUGGUACGUUUCUGUCAAACUCAAUCCAUGUCCAUCUGUGGCAAAGAACACAGCAGAUAUGGUCAGUGAUGUAAUAUGCAUCUUGUUUAUUAUCUUGUAUUACGUGUGUUAGAAAACCUUUUCAACAAGUAAAGUGUAAGGCCUACCUCUUUUUUCAUUUUAAGUCAUUGAAAUCAAAUCCUGGUGAUUUUAUGUAUAGGUAUGUAAGAAAAUGAUAAUACAAAACCAUACUUUCCGGUGGAAACCCUGCCGUAAAUAUGGACUACAUUUUACAAUGAGGAACCAUAUAGGUACUUUCUGGCUCAUUCAUGAAAGCAUGUAUCUGCGUAGGAAGACUACAGCACAUAUGCUCCUUCUAAAUAAAUCCAGAAUUAGUAGUUUUUAAGUGCAAAAUAUUGUUUCAAUGUAUUAUUCCGAGUAAUUUUGCUCCUGCUAGUUGAAUUUAUCCUGAAAUUUUCAAGAAGGGCUGAGGCUAUUUGAAAUUCUGGAAAUGAUCUGAAAAAAAAUCUUUGAGCAUUUUUUUAGGGUCUAAGAAAUUCUAUUUUAAUGUUUAAGUACAGUUUUUGUUUUAUUCAUAGCAAAAAUUUAAAUAGUUGUCAUUUGAUCGGCUGUGGGUCAAAAUAUGAAUAGGGAUGCAUUGGUUUUUCUGCCGAACAUAAGCACGACCAUUCAACUAUACUAUCUUCCCUCCUUUGGAAAUUCACUUGAGGAAUUUUAUAAUCAUUAACGUUUUUACUUGCAGUUUUUUUGAGUGAAAACAAACUGAAGUGUCAUUGAUGACGUAGUACAUCUCUGCAUCAUUUUUUGUACUUCAAGUAGACUUUUAAAGUGAUCCUGAUUCUUGACUGUUCUGUUUUUGUUAAAUGUACAGUUAAUAUGUCUAUGGAAUAAAUUGUUAUGUAUAUAUUUUUCAAGAGUCA